AUGGUAAAGCAAAAUAAAAUAAAUAAAUACUAUACUGUCAACAAUUUCCAGAUAAUAUUCUAUGAGGACAGAAACUUCCAGGGUCACAGUCAUGAGAUCAGUGGUGACUGCCCAGAGUUGACCUCAUAUCUGAGCCGCUGUUGCUCAUGCAGAGUGGAAAGUGGCUGCUUCAUGGUUUAUGAACGCUCCAACUACAUGGGUCACCAAAUGCUUGUAAGAAGAGGAGAGUAUCCUGAUAACAAGCACAUCAUGGGAAACAACACAAGUGACUGCAUCAGAUCUUGCAGGAUGAUCCCGAUGCAUAAAGGGACGUUUAGAAUGAGAAUCUUUGAAAAAGAAAAUUUUGUCGGCCAAAAGUACGAGCUAAUGGAUGAUUGUGAGUCUAUCCCGGAACGCUUCCAUAUGUCCGGCUGCAAGUCCUGCAGUGUCACACAUGGCCACUGGCUGAUGUACGAACUACCUUAUUUUGAAGGCCGAAUGAUAUACCUCAGGCCAGGGGAGUACAGCAGUUUUGGAGAUUUGGGUUUAAGCCCAGUGAUCGGCUCAAUCAGGCGUAUAAUGGAGUCCUGUUAA